GGUUGAACGAGGCAAAGGAGCACUUAAGGAAGACAAAGGCUACGUUGGUGGAGUUUGAGGAAGAACAAACUGACUGGUGGGAAAUUGCUAAAGACAUUGAGACUGAAGUUGCUAAAUGGAGAAGGGACUGCAGCACAGCAGCAAAUGUGGAAGGAGAAGAAGAAACUCAAGAGGAAAGAGAAACUGGAGGAGGGUGA